AUGGAUGCUUUUUUCGUUAAUGGCUCUUUCGAGAGAAGUUUGAAUGCAACUUUCAUUACCCUCUUUCCUAAAAAGGGAGGAGCUGUGGAGGCCAAGGACUUCAGACCAGUUAGUUUGGUGGGAGGGAGACAAAUUCUCGACCCAGUCCUAAUUGCUAGUGAAUGCGUUGAUGCUAUAAUUAAGAGUGGUGAUCCGGGGAUUGUCGAUAAAUUGGAUAUUCAAAAAGCCUAUGACCAUGUGAAUUGGCAGUUCUUAAUGUAUUUGUUGGAGAGGAUGGGGUUUGGAUCCAAAUGGAGAGGUUGGAUUUUUCACUGUGUUGCUACAGCUCGUUUUUCUAUCUUAGUUAAUGGGUCACCAGCAGACGACACCAUAGUUUUUUGCGAUGCAAGUGUGACUCAGAUGAGACAUCUGAGAUUUGUUCUGGCCUGUUUUCAAGUGGUAUCGGGGCUGAAAAUUAAUGUUGGGAAAAGUGUUAUUGUCCCAGUGGGGGAGGUGCUGCAUAUUCAAGAGCUUGCAGAUAUUUUGGGAUGUGGGGUUGAGUUUCUGCCGAUAUCUUAUUUGGGGCUAUCUUUGGGAGCUUCUAUGAGGAGGGUUGCUGUGUGGGAUCCAGUUAUUGAGCGCUUCCAAAAGAGGCUUUCUGGGUGGAAGAAGCAGUACUUGUCAAAAGGAGGCAAGCUAUCCUAUUGA